CAACUAUCGGCUUAGUUGGCCUCAGCUCUAUAUACUCACGUGAUUGCGCAUAUAUACGCAAAUGCUUAAACUAGAGCGAGAUUAGUAGCGUGGCAAAUGGGACACAGAGCAAUUACACUCACCGGCAGAGUAUGUGCAAUGAAAGGUGAAAGUGCCGAGCGAGCACGUGCUUGUUUUGUUGCUCGCCGAUGUUGACGACCACGCAGAGGACCUUGUCUUUUGUUACAACUCGCUCUUGCCUCACCCCCGCCAUCAGUUACGGAAUAUAUCGAGUGAGUAAGCCGCAAGGAUGGACAACAAUAAGGAAUGUAAAUACCUGUUUGACUAUAGCAAGCAUGUUUAUGAAGAUGGAGGCAAUGCCUUGCAAGAGCUCAGCACCAACAAACAUCUCAGCACUUGUAUUAUUGAUAUCACUGGAAUGACUUGUAUGUCUUGCGUUAACAGUAUUACAGAGCAAAUAUCUAAGAAAAAUGGAAUUGAGAAGAUAUUUGUUAGUUUGGAGACACAUGAUGGAACUGUGUCGUAUGAUCCAAAUUUAAUAACUGCCGAGGAAAUAGCAGAUGCUAUAGAUGAUAUGGGCUUUGGAGCUGCUGUUAAGAAAGUUAACGAUGAUGUUUACAUAACAGAUACUCUGUCAAUCAGGAUAAACGAUAAUUUACCAGCUAUAGAUCUUCAGCAAUUGAACCAGCAGCAAGUUAUUGAGAAAUGUUUUCUACAUAUAGAUGGUAUGACCAGCUCUUCUUGUGUUACAGCUAUCGAGAAGCGAUUGAAGAAACUGCUCGGGGUUCAAAAUAUUUUAAUAUUCUACGCAAGCGGUAAAACUGAAGUAGAUUAUGAUAGCAAUGUUAUAAGACCAGCUGAUAUAGCUGAAAGAAUAAUAGACUUGGGAUUUCCUUGCAUGCUCAUAAAUGAGAAGGGCUCACAGAUCAAGGAAGUAGAAUUACUUCUGUCAGGCAUGACUUGUUCUUCCUGUGUCAACAAGAUAGAAAAAACUGUCAAGCAGUUGCCAGGUAUCCAGUCUGUCAUGGUAUCACUUGUAACAAAACGUGGCAAGUUUAAUUAUGAUCCUAGUAAAAUAAAUAUAGAUAAUAUCAUAGAGUGUAUAAAGAAAUUAGGAUUUGAUGCAUCUAUGAAAAGAAAUGAAGCUGAGAAUAGGCAAUACUUGGAUCACAGAUUGGAAAUACAUAAGUGGAGGAACUCAUUCUUAAUCUCGCUUGUUUUUGGAGCUCCAAGCAUGAUUGCUAUGGCAUACUUUAUGUCAACUAUGUCUACUAUGAGCGAAGAAGAAAUGUGUUGUGUACUUCCUGGUUUAUCUUUAGAAAAUCUAAUUUCGUUUAUUUUGUCAACCCCAGUACAGAUCUUUGGAGGGUGGCACUUUCAUAUCCAAGCGUAUAAAGCCAUUAAACAUGGAGCAAGCAAUAUGGAUGUUUUGAUAUCAAUGACUUGCACAAUCUCCUAUGUUUAUUCAGUUAUAAUACUUGCUAUCGCAAUGGUUAUGGAAGAAGUAACCAGUCCAAAAACAUUUUUUGAUACACCCCCAAUGCUUUUAGUUUUCGUCAGUUUAGGUAGGUGGUUGGAACACAUUGCCAAAGGAAAAACGUCGGAAGCACUUUCCAAAUUAUUGUCACUACAAGCAUCCAAUGCAGUAAUAGUAACGCUAGGAUCUGAUCAUGAAAUUUUGACAGAGCGUUUAGUGAAAAUCGACUUUGUUCAGCCAGGAGAUAUUUUGAAAGUUAACGAAGGUAAUAAAGUGCCGGUGGACGGACAAGUUUAUAUUGGCAACUCGUCGUGUGACGAAAGCUUGAUUACUGGCGAAAGUAUGCCUGUGCCAAAAAAAGAAGGUUCUAUUGUUAUUGGAGGUUCUAUUAAUUUAAGUGGCCCGUUGUACAUUAAAGCGACGCACACUGGAGAAAAGACUACCUUAGCCCAGAUUGUGCGUUUAGUCGAAGAAGCACAAAUGAGCAAAGCUCCAAUACAGCAGAUCGCUGAUAAAAUUGCCGGAUUUUUCGUUCCUUUCGUAGUAUCUGUAUCGAUUUUAACGCUCGUCGCCUGGAUUAUUGUUGGUUACAUUGACACUAAAUAUAUAAGCUUGAUGAGCGAAGAUCACAACCAUCACGCGGGUAGAAAUAAAGAUGAAAUGAUAUUUCAAAAUGCAUUUAGGAGUGCGUUAUCCGUAUUAGCGAUAGCUUGCCCUUGUGCGCUAGGUCUUGCCACACCGAUUGCCGUGAUGGUUGGUACGGGAGUAGGUGCUAUCAAUGGCAUUCUCAUCAAGAGCUCUGGCGCUCUAGAGAACGCCCACAAGAUCAAUUGUGCUGUUUUCGACAAGACAGGAACCAUAACGAAAGGCUUUCCGACUGUUACUAAUAUAAGUUUAUUUACCAAUAAUGGUGCAUUUAAUAUAGGAAAAAUAUUAGUUAUUAUUGGCAUAGCAGAACUUAAUAGCGAACAUCCCAUAGCUUCCGCGAUAGUUAAGUAUGUCAGAGACGUUAUAGAAACUGAACUGAGCGGAAGAUGCACAAAUUAUCAAUCAGUUCCAGGCUGUGGCAUGAAAUGCAAAGUGUCUUUCAUUACUGAUACUUUGGUGAACGUUGCCAAGUCGACGAAGAUCAUGAACUUUGUCGACAGUUUGCAGAGUAAUUCGCCCGAUGCUUUACAGUUGAACGAAGUUCUCAUAGAUUUCGCUCCAGUAUCAUCACCACAGGAGAUCGCCGAUCCUGAAAAUGAAUCGAAAUUCAAUGCGGAAAAUCUCGAUCCGAACGAAGCUUUUGAAGUUUGCAUAGGAAACCGAGAAUGGAUGAGACGAAAUGCCGUGACCCUUCCGCCAGAAAUUGAAAAUCUCAUGAUCAAGGAAGAAAAUCUAGGACACACUGUUGUGUUAGCUGUUAUUGAUGGAGAAUUAUCUGCUGUAAUAAGCGUCGCUGAUUCUAUAAAACCUGAAGCUCACCUUGCCGUUUACACACUGAAGAAAAUGGGCUUUGAAGUAAUACUCCUCACUGGCGAUAACAAUGUCACGGCAAACACGAUAGCCAGACAAGUAGGAAUAGAUCAGGUAUUUGCAGAAGUCUUACCAUCGCAUAAAGUGCAAAAAAUACAACAACUACAGAGUCAGGGAAAAAAAGUAGCAAUGAUUGGUGAUGGUGUGAACGACAGCCCAGCCUUGGCUCAGUCAAACGUUGGCAUAGCUAUAGCGGCUGGAACUGAUGUAGCCAUCGAAGCUGCCGAUAUAGUGUUAAUGAGAAACGAUUUACUUGACGUGAUUGCCUGCAUUGAUCUCUCACGUGAAACAGUCAAGCGGAUCAGACUAAACUUUUUAUUCGCUAGUUUGUACAAUAUUAUUGGUUUGCCCAUUGCUGCUGGCAUAUUCACUCCUUUGGGUUUGAGAUUGCAACCUUGGAUGGCAACAGCAGCUAUGGCACUUAGUUCUGUAUCAAUAGUUGGAAGCUCGUUACUUUUAAAACUAUACAAAAAACCGACAACAAAAAAAUUGGAGACUGUAGAAUACAAAAGAAUUUCCCGACUUAAUUAUCGCAUGCAAAUAAUUAACAAAGCAGGUAAAACAUCCAUUAAUAGAUCGACCAUAAGUAUAUCCAGCUUAAAAUAAAGUGAUAUAAAGAAGAACUGACUGUUGAUGUAAAAUGCUGAACAAAGUGAAGCUUACAAAAAUCAGAUUUGUAAAGUUUAUUAAAUGCAGCGUGUACUGACUGUAACAAAUUACCUGCCAAUUUAUUUAUAAUUGGAUUGAUUGAAAUAAUCAUAACACACACACAUAUAUAUAUAUAUUAUAGCGUAAUAUAAAGACAGUGUUUUGUGUGUGUAUAUGUAUGCGUAUGCGUAUGCGUUAUGUUCCAAAUCAUCUUAAUAUUUUUUUAAGCAUAAAUAUUGUUAAUGUUAUUUUGUAAAAAUGUUCAAAAGCAAGAAACGAACAGAAACAUAUAUUUCGUACACUUCAAAUAAGGCAUUUUGAUGAGACAUAAUAUUUAAGAAAAAACUAUGGCUGUAAAUUUUUCAUAAUAAUUGUAAUUUCAUCGACCCAAAUAUUUUGUAAUAUUCUUUUAUAUAUAACUUAUAAAUGUAUGAUAUUUUUAAUAUUAAAUAUAUAAAAGAGAAUUCGGCUCCCUUUUUUCAGAGUUUUUCGGUGAGAUGUUCAACUUUGAAUUGACGCUCCUCUCGAGCCCUAUAAAAAAUAUAUAGGCGAGGAAUUCGGCGAUUAAGCAAGGUCACCAAAAAUCACUUCUAUAGGCCUUACUAGGGGUAAUUUCGCGCGCUGAAAAGAUUGCCCAUGGUCCCAGAGUGAUAUCUCAAAAAUUUUCAUUUAAAAAUUCGUAAUAUUAUAAAAGAGAAAAAGAAGUAUAUAAGAUAUAAAAGCAACAAAAAUUAUAGUUGAGAUUUAUGUAUUUGAAGAAUUCGAUUAUUUCAU